AUGGAGGCCUCACAAGCUAUUGCUAUUGCCGGAUUUGGAUACUCGAAUCUCAACACUCUCCUCGUUGGGCUACCCACCUCUGUGUUUACUCUCAUCUGGGUGGUUCUGGCCACGAUCCUCGUUAAUCGCACUGCCUCACCUUUGGCCGGCUCUAUUAUGGUCUCUCAAAUUGAUCCUACAAAGAAAGUGUCUCGAUUAGCUGGAAUGUGGCUUUUCCGUGCGUAUUCCACCGGAAUCCUUAUUAUCUUGAGUAUUAUUGCCUCUAACGUUGCUGGAUACACGAAAAGGACGACAAUGACUGCAGUGAUGUUCAUUGGGAAUUGUGCUGGCAAUAUCACUGGUUCUUUCCUAUUCUUUGAUGAUGAAAUGCCCGACUACGGGAUUGGGAUUAUGAUCUCACUGGCAAUCGCCUUUGUCGCCAUUCUUGGUUUGCGUCAGAUAUUCCAGUUUCAAAACCAGCAACACGACCGCCGGCAGAAUGUUAAAAUAGACCCUGAAUUGCGCCGGGACUUUGAAACUGAUGAGGUGGCUGCACUUGAUCGUGCACUUGAUGAGGGAUGA